GUCCAUGGUUUUAGGGAGUGACUGAGCGUUCUAGCAUUCGACACCACCUAUCUAGUACAGCAGCAGAAAUCUACCAGUUGAAAAGAUUCGUCUUCUAUCACACCGAAUAUUCCAAAGCAUGAACGACGUGCGGCGAAUUAAGAGCUAAACAUAUUUCUGUUGGCAAUGGAACAAUUUAAAGAGAGAGGACAACAUCCCCGCCAACGUCUGGUUCAUCUUCGCCCGCUCAUUGCAGAGGAACCUGAUGAACUUCCUGUUGAAAAAUGGACUGACUCCAACGUGAGCUCUUGGUUAAGAACUAUUGGAGUGAAGGAGCAAUACAUCAAGAAGCUUUAUGAGGAAGAGGUAGAUGGGAGAAUUCUCCUUGUACUGACUGAGGACUAUCUGAGAAAAGAGAUUGGAAUGAAAUCAGGACCAGCUCUGUUGAUCAUCAGAAAGAGAAAUGAGCUUAUAGACACCAAACAGACAACUCGGGGCAAGGAAAAGCCUCAAAGUAGCAACAAUAGUGAACAGGAAAGUAAAAAGAAGAAGCCGGGAUCAGCUCCCCAGAUUCCAGAGACCGAUCAAGGUCUUUCAGAGGAAGAGAAACAAACUCAUCAAGGACAAUCUGUUGAGGACAAUGUGUUAACCACGAAGAGAGACUGCAAGCCACGGCCAUUUGGCAAAGAAGGCAUUGUUUUCACAUAUGUCAAACAUAGUGUUCUGCAACCUGAAUCUGGUGUAUUUGAUCUGAUAUCUCCCUGUCAUGAGUACAAGUCACUUGACAAUGCUGCCAAAUUGGACCGCACAAGACUACAGGCAAAAUUUGCCAAAGAGGUUCUCAAAUUCGGUAGUGGCUGCAUGAAUAUCAGAUCAAAUGGCACAAUACACUUUGGUGUGAUGGACAGUAGGGAUGAUGCAGGCUAUGUGCAUGGUGAGAUAAUUGGUGUUCUGGUUUCUGAGAAAGAUAUAUAUGUUGAUGCAUUGGAUCACAUUGAAAGGAGUUUCUCUCGCUCUGACAGCGAGCAUGUGCGACAGUGCAUACGUCCACCUCGGUUUAUAGAGGUUAUGGACAUAAAUAGCACAGAAAAAAGAUACGUGGUGGAGGUUGAUAUUAUUCCCUCCAUAAGCAUUGUUAAGAACCGAGUGUACUCUGUUCGCUUGCCAAACUUCAAAGAGUCCUCUAACAAGAUUGAGCAUGAAAAGGAAACAAUCUAUCGAAGGGUAGGAUCAAAAACCGAGCCAGUGAGUGAUCAAAAUGACUUCUACCAGCGAGUCAGAGAUAGAGAUGCCCAAAGAGAAGAGGCUGAGCAUUGUCGAUAUGUUAACACCCCGGACAUCUGCCAAGACCUCGGAAGGAAACUCACCAUGCUGAUAACCAGUGGCAAGAAAUUCAUUGAAAAGGAGAAAUGGUACAUUCUUGUCACUAACAAGUUCAAACCAGAUGAUUUGAGCAGUAUUGACUUCUUGCUCAACAUGAAUAUUUUUUGUGUGUUCGACUUUGACACAGAUUCUAAGCUGUCAGGACUGUGCAGUAAAUAUAUUCAGCACCAUGCUGCAAAUAUGCAUUUCAUGCAGAACUACAAAAUAACAAGUGGUAUGAGCAUUGGCGAAUUUGUGAGCCAUUUGCAUUUGUUUGAGCAAACCAGCUGGAUAUUUUGCAACGGACGAAGCGAUUACAAAGGGAAUGAAAACCCCUGUGAUGAGAUGACAUGGAUCAAAACAAAAAUUACACUCCUGAGGGAAUCUGUGUCAUUGAUCUGCAAACAGGUCUUGCCAAAAGGAGCAUUCCUGGUGGUCUUCCUUCUCACAUCCCCUGUUGAGAAACCACUUUUGCACACCUUCUAUGAGUUCUUCACAGAUAUGGAAGGCCAUGAAGACAUCAUUUGCAUCUCAGAAUCUGAGGAUAACUAUCAGAAAUGGCAAAGUUUUGCAGAGGGUUCAUGUGGAACAGAAACUGUGAACCGUUCCAGUGUUGUCGGGAUGAAAAUGAGCCAUGUUGAUGCGACACUGCAGCGAAUCCAACCUGUAACAUCUCGAGACACCAAACACUUGCCUAUCUACCUGAAAGGACAGUGCCUUCUUGAAACUCGUGACGAGGAAAGGAUGUAUUCCUUGGAAAUCCUGAGUGUCAAUCAUUGUGAUGAAACAAGCGAUGAUUACAUCAAAGCAGAAAAAGAAAACAUUGAAAGACAGUUUUACCACGGGGG